UGGGCGGGAGGGAGAGAGCAGCGGCGGGGCUGGCCUGGGCUGAGCACCUCUAACUUGGAACUGUCCGCCGGCGUGAGCUCUUGAACAUGAGCUUCCUGCCUCUCUACCUGCUCGGAUUACUCCUCAGUAGCGGGCAAGCUCUACUUCAAGUUACAAUUUCACUUAGCAAAGUAGAGCUCAGUGUGGGUGAAUCCAAAUUCUUCACAUGCACAGCCAUUGGUGAGCCUGACACCAUAGACUGGUACAAUCCACAAGGAGAGAAGAUUGUUUCUAGUCAAAGAGUGGUUGUUCAGAAAGAAGGUGUUCGAUCACGUCUAACCAUUUAUAAUGCAGAUAUAGAAGAUGCUGGUAUAUAUCGGUGCCAAGCAACAGACGCUAAAGGACAAACUCAAGAAGCUACUGUUGUUUUGGAAAUUUAUCAAAAGCUCACUUUUCGAGACAUAAUCUCUCCACAAGAAUUUAGGCAGGGAGAAGAUGCAGAAGUUGUUUGUCGUGUUACUAGUUCACCUGCUCCCAUUGUCAGCUGGUUGUAUCGGAAUGAGGAAGUCGCAACUCUUGCUGACAAUCGAUUUGCAGUAUUAGCAAACAAUAAUCUCCAAAUUCUUAACAUCAACAAAAGUGAUGAAGGAGUAUACCGAUGUGAAGGAAGAGUGGAAGCCAGAGGAGAAAUUGACUUCCGGGACAUAAUUGUUAUUGUGAAUGUUCCCCCUGCAAUUACUCUGCCACAGAAAUCCUUUAAUGCCACUGCGGAUCGAGGAGAGGCAAUAACUUUGUUCUGCAGAGCCACUGGAUCGCCUCCACCAGAAAUAAGUUGGUAUAGGAACGGCAAAGUUAUUGAAGAAAAUGAAAAAUAUACGUUGAGAGGAAGCAAUACAGAACUAACAAUAAGAGAUAUAAAAAAUAUUGAUGCAGGUCCUUACAUAUGUAGUGCUAAAAACAAAGCAGGAAAUGAUAAAAGACAGACAUUCCUUCAAGUUUUUGUACAGCCUCAAAUAAUACAACUUAAAAAUGAAACCACAUUUGAGAAUGGGAAAGCCACCCUCAUCUGUGAAGCAGAAGGAGAACCUAUCCCAGAGAUUACUUGGAAAAGGGCCACUGAUGGAAUAACUUUCUCUGAAGGUGACAAGAGCCCAGAUGGCCGUAUAGAAGUCAAAGGGCAGCAUGGAAAAUCGUCACUGCAUAUUAAAGAUGUGAAGUUGUCAGAUUCAGGGAGAUAUGACUGUGAAGCUGCAAGUAGAAUUGGUGGGCACCAAAAGAGCAUGUACCUUGAUAUUGAAUAUGCUCCAACAUUUGUGUCAAAUCAAACCAUGCAUUACUCAUGGGAAGGCAAUCCCAUCAAUAUAACAUGUGAAGUGCUGGCAAAUCCAUCUGCCACAAUUCAGUGGAGGAGAGGAAAAUUAGUUCUACCUGUAAAAAAUACAACACAUCUGAAGACCUACAGUGCAGGAAGAAAGCUGAUUCUAGAGAUUGCUCCCACAUCUGACAGUGAUUUUGGACGGUAUAACUGUACAGCCACAAACACAAUAGGAACAAGAUAUCAGGAGUAUACACUUGGUCAAGCUGAUGUGCCAUCAAAUCCUUAUGGAGUACGGGUUUUAGAGUUGUCACAAACCACUGCCAAAGUUUCAUUCAAUAAGCCAGAUUCACAUGGAGGUGUGCCCAUUCAUCAUUACCAAGUGGAUGUAAAAGAGGUAGCCUCAGAAACCUGGAAGAUAGUUCGCUCCCAUGGAGUUCAAACAAUUGUUGUUCUCAGCAAUUUGGAACCAAACACGACAUAUGAAAUCAAAGUAGCUGCUAUAAAUGGAAAAGGGCAAGGAGAAUAUAGCAAAAUCGAGAUAUUUCAGACCUUACCUGUCCGGGAGCCAAGCCCCCCAUCAAUUCACGGACAACCAGGAAGUGGCAAGAGUUUUAAACUUAGCAUAACUAAACAAGAUGAUGGAGGUGCCCCCAUUUUGGAAUAUAUUGUGAAAUACAGAAGUAAAGAUAAGGAAGAUCAGUGGCUAGAGAAAAAAGUACAGGGUAGUAAAGACCACAUCAUCUUAGAGCAUCUUCAGUGGACCAUGGGUUAUGAAGUACAAAUUACAGCUGCCAACAGACUGGGUUUUUCUGAACCAACAUUGUAUGAAUUCAGCAUGCCACCGAAGCCCAACAUUAUUAGAGAUACUCUUUUUAACGGUCUUGGACUUCGUGCUGUCAUUGGCCUGGGAGUGGCAGCCCUUUUGUUAAUCCUUGUGGUGACUGAUGUCAGCUGCUUCUUUUUACGACAAUGUGGAUUGCUAAUGUGCAUUACCAGGAGGAUUUGUGGGAAAAAGAGUGGUUCAAGUGGAAAAAGCAAAGAACUGGAAGAAGGAAAGGCUGCUUACUUGAAAGAUGGAUCAAAAGAGCCAAUAGUGGAAAUGAGAACGGAGGAUGAAAGAAUUACCAAUCAUGAAGAUGGAAGCCCAGUAAAUGAGCCAAACGAGACAACUCCCCUCACAGAACCAGAGAAGCUGCCACUAAAGGAAGAAAAUGGAAAAGAAGCUUUAAAUCCAGAAACCAUAGAAAUCAAAGUUGCUAAUGACAUCAUCCAGUCAAAAGAAGAUGAUAGCAAAGCAUAAAAAGAUCUACUACAGCUGUCUGGAUAAUGCAUUUGGAUUGGAGCAACCCCAUGACCAAAACUUUACAGCUGACCUUAAUUUCUUGAGAAACUUAAGCUUGGAAUAGUUAGUACAUGUGUACAUAUGAUGAAACAGUUUCUGUCUACAGUUCCUAUUUUUUUUUUGUUAAUGGUUUUAGUAUGUAGGUUUGCUGACACCAAGUUUCAUGGUAUAAAUUUGAAAAAUCUUCAGAAUAAGAACUGUAAUUUAUUAUAUGAAAAAAGUAUGUCUAUUUAGAAGAAUACUUUGCAAAGCACCCCUAACCACACAUCAGGUCUCCGGAUCUUACAGUGCAAGCUACAUACAUAAAGUGCCAUAUAUUAUUGUAUUUGUUUCCAUUUAUAAUAAAGCAAAAGUUUAGGUUGCCUUUAAAAAAAAAAAAAGUCUCAGUA